AGAUGCUUGUUCCAUAUACAUCACGACGAUUGGUGCAUAUUUAACAAAAUACCUGCACCAGUCCUGUUACUUUUGGAACACCCUGUAUGCAAUGAAGUAUGUCAAUAUCUACCUUGCAAUGUGUGAACGCAACUGGAAUCUUAGAAAUGCAGCCAUAAAAGCCACAUGUCCACUUUUCACUGCAUUUGAUACCCAUAACUAUGCAAGACUCUUGCCACAGCAUAUUUCCCAUCUUCUAACACUGCCAAAUGAUGUUGCACGGCAAUAUGAAAGUGGGGCUUUUGCUGUUAGUUUGAAGGGUGUUUAUUAUGCCAGUGUCAAUGGCAUAAUU